AUGAGCAGAACUUACAUCUCGGAGCCCUCCGGGGAGCUUCCCUUGAUCCCUGGCCGCUGCUCGUUCUCUCAACUCCUCCUGAUAUUCUCAUAUGUGGUCGCUGAAAGCGGUUUAUCCGCUGUGCUUGGCGAUCACCGACAAUGCUAUGAUCUUAUUUCCCAAAAUGAAGAAGACUGGGUCCCACGCGUGGGCCCGGAAACGUUUCACGAAAUGAGACACAAUGGUUGGGACCAGAUAGACCAGGAUACUCGCAACGAUUGGGAGAUAGUGCGUCUCUGGAUGCACGAGAGCCUGAUUUGCGACGUCUCAGCACAACAACUGCGCAACCAUCUCUGCUGUCUCCUUACCCGCAUUGAACAAGUCUCUGCACAGGGGAUCAACGUGCUCUACGCCCCAAAGAUGUUUUCUGGAACGCUCGACUCCAAAAUCGGUGCACAGACGAGCUUGGCACUGAUUUGUAUCAGUCUAAGCGUGACUCCAACUACAUACGAAAAGUUCUCACAAUCAGCGAUAUGGUCUUGUCCUACCAAGCUGAUGCGCUCCAAGUUGCAGCGUUCUCCGCUUUUCUCAAAUCAGAUAUAUCAAUCCGACCUUGAUGCUGCUACAAACUCCUUAUUCAUGAUCCUACGCGAAACUGAUUUCCAAAUGAAGCGCGUUGGGCCGCAUGAUGUGGCGUUCCGAGAUCCAAGAAAACAUGAGAUGGGGUAUGCAAGACGCGAAGACAAUCCCAUCCCGUCAUCUAUCGACCUACCUGGACAAAAAGUGGACAGCGGACUCUGUGGAAACCGAAUCAGAGGAUUCAGCGCAGACUCUCGGCCAGGCCAAGACGAGAGACGAGGUCGACGGAAAACCAUAUAG